AAUUUAAUUUGAUCCAUCUUUCCUUAACACAUAAUGGUAAUAGAAUUUUGUGUAUUAAACACAAGCUAGGAGAGACAUGAAUAUUUGGUGAUUGGAAGCUAAGAAGAAAGUCAUUGGUUUUCCGUGUGAAAAAAUAAGAAAUUUUAGUUGGAGCUUGAUAGAUUUCUUAAUUAUCUUCAUUUUAUCUCACUUGUCUUCUGCCCUCCCCCUUACUUAAGAUUAAUGAUUGGUAGCAUUUCUUCAGUUUUGAGAGUCAUGCGAUCAAUCACUUUCUAUGGUGAGAAUUUAUCAUUCCCAGUAAAUAAUUGCAGGAUUGUGGCUUUGUGGCUCUCAUCCUUAGGUGGAUCAUGUGGAGUUUGCAUGCUCUGUCCUGAUUUGAACCCUUUCCCUUGGCUUUAGUUGGUUGCUGCACUUUUGCAGCUCCAAAGGAAACCGAUAGCUCAGAAUUCACGACCACAUGUUUCUCCGGCAGUUUCAUUCACAUUUCUCUUCUUCUGACCUCCAUGCUGAACGGGCUAAGUCUGUUUGAAACCUGAAGAUGAGAUGCCCUGAUGGAAAAGUACCAUAUGCUGCAUGAGUAUUGUCUCCUCUUCUAAUGCUAACCUAUUUUUUUCCUUUUUUAUUUCCAUCUUUUGUACAUAGUUUUCUUAAUCCUUUUCCUCUAUGAGGGGAAAAUUAGUUUUAAAAUCAGAAAAGGAUUUGGGAUCCCUCAGCAUAUCCAGAACGUCUGAUACAAUACCUUUUUUUAUUUUUCAGUCAGUUUGCUCCCAGGAAAGCCUUUUUGUGGAAAACAGUAGGCUCUUGGAAGACAGUAACAUAUGCAAUGAGACCUAUAAGAAAAGACAGCUCUUUCGGAGCAACAGAGAUGGCUCAGGGAGAACAUCUGGGAGUCGACAGAGCAGCUCGGAAAAUGAACUCAAGUGGUCUGACCACCAAAGGGCCUGGAGCAGCACAGACUCCGACAGUUCAAACCGCAAUCUGAAGCCCACCAUGACCAAGACUGCGAGUUUUGGGGGCAUCACGGUGCUCACCAGGGGUGACAGCACGUCCAGUACCAGGAGUACCGGGAGGCUGUCCAAAGCAGGCUCUGAGUCUUCCAGCAGCGCAGGCUCCUCGGGAUCGCUGUCUCGCACCCACCCACCUCUCCAGAACACACCCCUGGUCUCAGGUGUGGCAGCUGGUUCUCCAGGCUGUGUGCCCUAUCCAGAGAAUGGAAUGGGGGGGCAGGUCGCUCCCAGUAGCACCAGCUAUAUUCUCCUUCCACUUGAAGCUGCGACAGGCAUCCCGCCCGGAAGCAUCCUUCUUAAUCCACACACAGGCCAACCCUUUGUGAAUCCCGAUGGAACUCCUGCAAUAUACAACCCACCCGCCAGUCAGCAACCCCUGCGAAGUGCUAUGGUGGGCCAGUCCCAGCAACAGCCCCCACCACAGCAGCCCUCUCCUCAGCCCCAGCAGCAGGUCCAGCCACCACAGCCACAGAUGACAGGCCCACUGGUUACUCAGUCUGUCCAGGGGCUGCAGGCUUCCUCUCAGUCGGUGCAAUAUCCGGCAGUCUCUUUUCCUCCCCAGCACCUCCUGCCUGUGUCUCCAACGCAGCACUUCCCCAUGAGAGAUGAUGUGGCAACACAGUUUGGCCAGAUGAACCUGAGCCGGCAGUCCUCGGGAGAGACUCCUGAGCCCCCAUCGGGUCCUGUCUACCCACCCUCCCUUAUGGCACAGUCAACCCAGCAGCCAGGCUACGUCAUCGCCUCAACAGGCCAGCAGCUUCCUACAGGUGGCUUCUCAGGCUCUGGUCCUUCCAUCUCCCAGCAAGUCCUCCAGCCCCCUCCCUCACCACAGGGAUUUGUGCAACAGCCUCCGCCUGCACAGAUGCCUGUAUAUUAUUAUCCAUCUGGUCAGUACCCUACCUCAACCACGCAACAGUACCGGCCAAUGGCCUCAGUUCAGUAUAGUGCUCAGAGGAGUCAGCAGAUGUCACAGGCAGCGCAACAAACAGGUACUUGGAAUCUGUUUCCCAUUUUCUCCUCCAAUCCAGUUAUGUUCGCUGGUGACUCUCAUAGCUGUACUCUUUGA